AUGAGAUUCUCUACUGCAGGCAUUGCACUAUGUGCGAUUCAGGCCGUCACCAGCUCCGCCAUUGAACCGAGACAGGCCUUGACCUGUACGCCUGGCAACAAAGUGGCAACCUAUAAUGACUUGACUGUCCUCCCCGUCGAUGACGGCAACACCGGCUUGACCUCUGCCCAGCUCAACCCAUACAUGGAUCUCAACUACACCAGAUUCAGUGUAAUUUCGGGGCCGACGAGCGGUGGCAACACGAUCUUCUACACUCUCUCCCGCAUCGCAGCUGGGACUCUGAGUUCUGUUGAGAAUUCUCUCAACAGCAUCUUGGGCUCGUUGGGCCUCGGCAUUGGUCUGCCCGCUCUCCUGGAAGCGCCGCGCAUCGUUGGCUCAAGAUCUACAACUCAGUACCGCCUUCAAAGCUUCCAGUUCGGCUGCACGAUCCGAGCUGGGACGCCAGCCGCCGUGAUCCCCAUUCCCUGCACGGUCACCGUCCGACCCGUCGAGCCGCAGCGUCUCGCCCUGGGUCAGAGCUACAACUGCUCCUACGCCGCAACACCGGCGAUCGGCAUCGGUAGUGGACUCACGCUCAAGACGUGCACGCCCACGGGCUUACUCGCCGGCCAGGGCUACACCUUCCAGACCACGCCCGACAUUCUCAACACCUCGAGCCUGGGAUCCCUGCAGGCGCUCGUAGAUACUGCGCUUGAGUUGCUCGUCGUUAGCGUGUUUGAUAACUUUACUUAUCGCGAGUAUUGCCUUUGA